CCCACACGCUUCUGGCUCUGACACAGACUCAGAAAGAAUCCACCAUGGUGCUGUCUCCUGCUGACAAGACCAACGUGAAGACUGCCUGGGGCAAGAUUGGUGGCCAUGGUGCGGAAUAUGGCGCGGAGGCCCUGUUCAGGAUGUUCCUGAGUUUCCCAACCACUAAGACUUAUUUCCAUCACUUCGACUUGAGCGCGGGCUCCGCUCAGAUCAAGAGCCAUGGCAAGAAGGUGUCGGAUGCGCUAACCACUGCUGUGGACCAUCUGGACGACCUGCCCACUGCUCUGUCUGCUCUGAGCGACCUGCACGCCCACAAGCUGCGUGUGGAUCCCGUGAACUUCAAGCUCCUGAGCCACUGCCUGCUCGUGACUCUGUCUGCCCACCACCCAGCAGAUUUCACCCCCGCGGUGCAUGCCUCCUUGGACAAAUUCUUGGCCACUGUGAGCACCGUGCUGACUUCCAAAUACCGUUAAGCUGGAGCGACACUGCCCUACCUGCAGGGCUUCCUGUCAGGCCCUUUUCCCUUCCUUGCACCUGCACCUCUUGGUCUUUGAAUAAAGUCUGAGU